AUGCCUCCAACUGUCAAACGAUGGUUCGUGAAGCAGUAUCAGCGCAUGAAGCUCGAUGACGCCAAUGGCAUCAAGCCAACGCGAUUCCUCAACAAGGACACUGCUGCUACCCCCCUCGCUAAAGCGACCUUCAACGCUGUGACUUUCUCUGCGUACUGGGGAAUCACGGGCAUCAAUGCCGCUUCCUGGGCAAUCGGCUCCAGUAACCUGGCGACAGGUCUUACCAUCCCCGAAGUCUUCUGUGGAGUGCUCGCCGGAGCUUUCAUGAUAGGAUUCAUCGCCUUCCUAUGCGGGGAGCCCGGAGUUCGCUAUGGAGUUAGCUUCCCGAUGAUGUCCAGAGCUGCGUUCGGCAUCUAUGGGAGCUAUUUUGUGGUUCUCACCAAGUUGCUCGUGAAUUGUGUCCUUUUUGGCAUUCAGGCAUUCUGGGGUGCUCAGGCUAUCCGGGUGAUUAUCAAUGCUCUGUGCCCUAGCUUUAUGAAGCUGGCCGACAUUGUACCACAUAUUUCUUUGAUGGGGGCCGACGAAUUUAUCGCCCUGGUCAUAUAUCUGAUGAUACUCUUUCCGCUUCUCCUUAUUCCUCCUCACCGCUUGACCUCGUUUAUGCGCAUCGCCUUCGCCGCCGUUGUCAUGUCCGUCUGUGGUAUGCUCUUUUGGGCCUUGCAACCAGCGAAGGAUUACAAGAAAAAAAUCCAUCAUGAUGAUAAGGUUGUGACGGAUAGAGACCACAUUUUUGGGUUUCUGCAGUGCUUUAGUGCCGUGGGUGGAUGGUGGGUGGGAAACGCUUUCCGACAAUCGGACUGGACACGAUUUGCACGGUCUCGCAAAGCACCAGCGAUUGCACAAAUGGUUGCAGCUCCCCUUACGAUUACGUUUACGGCACUGAUCGGAACCUUCGUUGCGAACGAAGUUCGAGAUCGAUACGGUGUCCAGACAUGGCAACCCACCGAAAUAUUGGCUCAGAUGCAGUCGAUGGAGUAUACGGCCGGCAUGCGGGUUGGGACAUUCUUCGCUGGUGUCGGUUGGUUAUUUUCUCAGCUAUCGAUCAAUCUCGUCCACAACUCUGUGGCAGCCGGAAUGGAUCUAUCGUCUAUGAUUCCGGAAGUGAUCAAUAUCCGUCGCGGGGCAGUCGUCAUUGUUAUUCUGGGAAUCGCUACCAGCCCAUGGAGAUUGGUUCGCUCGCCUGCAACGUUCAUCGUGGUCAUGAGUGCAUUCGGUACCUUUACCGCACCGCUCGCUGGUAUUCUCAUUGCCGACUUCUGGUGGGUGCGCAAGGCUAGUUACAAUGUUGAGGAGUUGUAUAUGGCAAACAGUCGUUAUUGGUACUGUUACGGUUUCAACUACCGUGCCUUCAUGGCUUGGUUUCUUGCCAUGUGGCCGUCUAUCCCUGGAUUUCUCGCGCAUGUGGUCGAUGUCGACGAUAGAGCAUAUGUUUGGCAUUACGUUUUCCAGUUGACAUUCAUCGUCGGACUUACGGGUGGAUUUUUCUGGUAUAUGAUCAUGUGUUUCAUGUUCCCACUACGUGAUCCUACAGAUGGAGAAACCACCAUAGCCUCGCGAGCCUCCAUCGAAUCGUCGAACUUCGGAGAUACUUCGAGCGAGACUGAGGACUAUCCGCCGACUCACAAUCAGUUCUAG